AUGCAGAAGUUAUUCCGUCAGACUUCGGCUCAACUUGACAUUGCUGGAGCUGCUCAAGAUGUUGUUGUUGUUGUUGCUAGCGGCGGCGAUCUCGGUAGUGGCGGCGGUCCCAGAGGCUGUUCUUCGCCAGGACGACCGCGGACUGGAGUUUAGCCUUCCUCAUGUGCCAGGGACUAGAAAGGUACACUUCGACUACGUGGUUGAGCUGCGAAAGGGAGAAUCCAAACAUAGGACCGGGACUGCUUCAAGACAAGAAAACGAGUCUUCCUGGCGGUGGAGAGAUGAAAAAGUCAAACUAAACAAUGGAGACAAAGUGCUGUACAAAGUUUCUCUGUGGAUUGGUAAAGACAAGUAUGAGGGGUCAUUACAAUCAUGGAAAUAUGAACCCCUCCCAACUCUGGGCCCUCGACGCACUCGAGCUGUUGUGUUUCGGGACGACUUCAAUGGCGCCAACCUGGAUCGCAACCAUUGGAAGUACGAGGUGUCCAUGUUUGGAGGCAUGAACUGGGAGUUCCAGGUGUACACCCCAGAGCACGCCAAUGUCUUUCUUCAAGGUGGACAUCUUUUCCUCAAGCCAACACUGACUAUUAACGAUCCGCGAUUUAACGAAAAUUUCCUCACAACGGGAACUAUGGACAUGACAGCACUUUGGGGUGUGUGUACAAACUCGGGUAACUACGGUUGUACCCGCGAAGGUCGUAACGGCAUGCUGCCACCCAUCAUGUCAGGCAAAGUCACCACCAUACCCACCAUCAGGUUCGGCCAGGUGGAGGUGCGAGCACGCAUCCCUGUGGGUGACUGGAUCUGGCCAGCAAUCUGGAUGAUGCCACGUGACAGCGUCUAUGGAACCUGGCCACGUUCCGGUGAGAUCGACAUCAUGGAGUCCAGAGGUAAUCUCAACGCUCGUGACGGAGGGGGCAACCACGGGGUCAAUGAAGUCUCCUCCACACUUCAUUGGGGCACUGCCUGGGAUCACAACAACUACGGUCUGACACACGGUGAAGUGCGCAAAUCCUCAGGAGGUUUCCAAGGUGAUUUCCACACGUGGAAGUUGGACUGGACUCACGACCACAUUGUAACCUCCGUCGAUGGCCAGGAAGUUCUGCGUGUGACUCCUCCUGGCGGUGGUUUCACGGAACUUGGUCACGUGUCUGGCAGCCCAUGGCCUGGUAACAGCAAAAUGGCGCCCUUCGAUCAGGAUUUCUUCUUGAUCCUGAACGUGGCAGUCGGAGGCACCAACGGCUAUUUCCCCGAUGGCUGGAACUACGGCGUGGCCAAGCCAUGGCCCAACAACUCGCCUCACGCCAACGCUGACUUCUGGUCCAAACGCAACCAAUGGGAGAGCACGUGGCAUGGCAACAACGCCGCCAUGGAGAUAGAUUACAUCGAACUCAGGAGCUUGUAACUUGUAAAGAUGUCUUGCAAUAAAAUCCACUGUGUAAACAGC